AUAUAAUUCGAGAAAUUCUCGCUUACUAUCUCUGCAUCCCCCACCUCGAUUCAAUUUGACCGACGCACCAUAUACGGUUGUAUCCUAUUCUUGAAUAUUUGACAGGGUGAAAGGUGCCUUUGUGUUUAUAAAUGUGGCGCCGGCGAACCUUCACAAAGGGAACUGUCUGGCCUGGGUAUAAAAGCCGUGCAUACGACGUACCCCAGAUCCUACCCUUCUCUUCUCUUUGCAUAUCAAAAGUAGUGCUGGAACACUUCCCCUUUCGUUUCUCACCGACAGUCUUUUCCAAGUCGACCUUAUUAUCUACUUCAUUCAUUCGUACAAUGGCUCGCAAGACGACCAGGCGCUCUCCUCAACCCACCAACGCUCAAAAGCCUUGGGUAUCCUGCCCCAGAGACAAGCGGUGGAAUAUCAUAGACGAAAUCAUCGGAAGAAGUGUCAAAGAAAGCAUAGAUGCUGGGGAACGAAAGGGCCAUCGAUCCGAGACCUACAUGCGUGCUGCAGUCAUCAAAGCGGUGAGUGUUCCAGCACUUGCAUUUCUUUCAAGUUGUUGGCUCUGAGUAUAUGGUACAGACGGAGGCUGGACUCAUGAAGAUGAACAGAAAUAUGGUCCGUCUCAUGAAAAAGGGAUUGAGCUUGCAGGUUCUUUUUGAGGACCCUUUCAGUGACCUCUGCUUUCCAGGAUAGAAGAUAUGAUCGAAGACUGCCAAGACGGUUUGCUAUCCCCAAGAGCUCAACGAAGAGCUUACAUGCGCUGCCUCAAGGUCAAAUUGAAAGACCUCUCUAUACGGAUCUCUUAGAUAGCGAUCUACAGAGGUUCA